UACGUCAGCGUCAGUUUACGAGCAUGAGGCGCAAACUCAGUGCGAUUUUAUUUGAGCAAAUCGGCGUAUUUAGCCGAAAUCCUCCGUCUCAUGUCUCUUUCACGGCGGGUCAACAAAGCGGGUUUGCACUGAAUUUAUACCGGAAAUCAACGAGUGACCGUUCAAACAUGGACCUGAGUGACAUGAGGAAGAAAUACAAAGGAGAUGAGGACUGCUUUGAGGAGAGCCAGCUUGUAUCUCUGGACCCAAUCAAACAGUUUGGAAACUGGUUUGAUGAAGCCACAAAGUGUCCUGAAGUUGGAGAGGCGAAUGCUAUGUGCAUUGCCACUGCCAGCAAAGACGGACGUCCAUCAGCUCGUAUGGUCCUCCUGAAAGGUUACAGCAGCGAAGGUUUCAGAUUCUUUUCCAACUACGAGAGCCGGAAGGGUUCUGAGCUGGAGAGCAAUCCGUAUGCAUGUCUGGUCUUCUACUGGGAACCUCUCAACAGACAGAUUCGCAUUGAGGGCGAUGUAGAGCGAAUCCCCUUCCAGACCUCCAAAGAGUACUUCCACUCCCGACCAAAGAGCAGCCAGAUCGGGGCUGCCGUGAGCCGACAAAGCACUCCGGUUCCUAACAGAGAUUAUCUUAGGCAGAAAAAUGCAGAACUUGAGGAGAAGUACAAGGACACAGAGGUGCCUAUGCCUGAUUACUGGGGCGGCUACAUCGUCAAGCCUUACCUGAUCGAGUUCUGGCAGGGUCAGACCAACAGACUUCACGACCGCAUCGUCUUCACCAAGCCGAAGGACGGGGAGUCCGAGCCGGGAGAGUUUCAGCACGCCGCCGAGGGAGGCUGGGUGUACCAGCGGCUGUCCCCAUGAGACGAACCUCAACAGGAAGUUUCAUCUCAUCACUGAUUAAAAAACUUUAUCUCAUUUGAAGUCAUCUACAGGUACUGUUGGGAAACCAUCUGAUGUUGAUUGAAAAGGCGUUUCUGUGUGUAGGAUUUACCAACAAGCCUAACGUCAUUGAACUCUCUGUCCUUGAUGUCAGUACACAGUUUAUUCAGAGGUGUGACACAACCGUAACCUUUUCCACACAAUAUGAAAUUAGAAGACGCUGUGCGGACACAGAAAGUUCACUGACCGACACGGUAGAGCAAACUCCUCCUCGUCUGGUCAAACAAUGAUUGACGGUGACGUUGGUUAUUCAGCGUUGUUGUUGUUAACCUUUAGGACGUAGGAAACUGUGUCUGCUGUACCACUGACUGUCCACUCUUCAUCAGUACUUAGUAGCAGAGCGUGGUCCAUUUUCAGUGUUAAAAUAAGGGUAAAAUAAUAUACAUUUGAUUUUACACGUCCGUAAUCUCCAAGAAAGUUUACUAAAACUACAAUAUGUAAUUUUGCACUAAUUUCAGAGGAAAUAAGAGACAGUUGUUUGAGUUUAGUUGGUUAUGUUGAGUUUAUGAUCUAUUUAAAUCCAAAUAAAAACACUAGUAGUAAAGAGAACUAGUAGUAUUAAUAAUAAAUCAAUAAAAAACACCUCUUAAUGUAAUGUAGUCCAGUACAACAUCACCUUUAACUAUAAACUCAGUAAUAAACAAACCAAUCACCAAUCACACAAUCACCAAUCACACAAUUUGAAAUUGAAUUAUUUGUGAAAUUGUGUUAAUUAACUGGAAGCGUAUUUAACAAAUUAACACUGUCUUUAUUUUCCUUAUAAUUAGUACUAGAUUACAUCUAAAAAUGUAAAUUUACAGUUGCACACCAAUGUCUUUCUAGGAGAUUAUACUACAGAACCGAUAAAAUCACCACAUACAGUCCGACUUUAUCUGACUUUAAUUCAUUAUGAAUGGAUCUUAAAUCAAGACAUUGGCUCUACCUGCCUUUUAAUAAUGAGAUUAAAAGAGCUGAUGAUUUGAACUGUGCCAACUAUGAUGUGUAUUGUGUGAGUCUUGUACUGUUUGAGAAUAAGUUUGUUGUUGUUGAUUGUUUACUGAAUGUUAUUUUGACUUGAAUUAACUGUGGAAUAGAGCCAAUAAUAAAGUUUAAUUUGUAA